AGGGUGAGUGUAGUCAUUUUUAAUAUUACAGCUAGAGUUGUUGUAAAAUGCGAAGAAUUAAGAAUAGAGGAAUAGUUAAAAUUAAUCACUUUUCAAAUGGGGGGAGGUACAAAUUAUGGACCUCCGUUUUAGUAGACAUUAGAGAUCUUAAAAGAAAACUAAGAAUAUGAUAAGUAUAAAAUUGUUUAAUUAUAAGUUCUGUAAUUCUCUUUUACACUGAUGGGGAAGCUACAUACCCUCAGAAGGUAAUUGAAUAGUAUGGCGCAUUAUCAAAAAAAAUGAAAGAUUCAAUUUAUUUUUUAGCUUGUUCAUAGCCUAUUAAAUCUUCAUCACUAAAUGAGAUUUUAAACUUUUUUAAGAGAGAAUUUAUUUACUCAGAAUGGAGAGAUCAAAUAACACCAAGUGACCUUAAUAAAAAUUGGGCAGAAAUGAUAUCUUAAGCGCAUCUUGAUAAGUAUAAAGCCUGA